AACAAAACCCAGAAAACCCAAAGAAAAUUGAAGAAAAACCAUGGAAUUUGAGGUGAGAGUGGUAGGAGGAAUAGAGAGCUGCUUUGCUUCUCUGCCACUUUCUUUAAUCCAUACUCUUCAAUCCACCUCUAUCUCCGGUUCCCUCCCUCCACUUCUCCCUCUUGAACUUCGUUCAAUCCGCAAUCAUGAUAAACUCUGGCAUGUUUCUUGGUCUGGGUGUGCUUCAUCUUCUUCAGCCAUAGAGAUUGCUCAGCUGUAUGCAGAGUGUAUUGAGUUGUUAGACCGUACUGUUGUUCAAGUAAAGGUGACCCCAAAUGUUCCAAAAGCUACUCUGGUGACUAUAGAGCCACAUACUGAGGAUGAUUGGGAGAUUCUGGAGCUUAAUUCCGAGCAUGCUGAGGAAGCAAUUUUGAAGCAGGUGGGAAUUGUGCAUGAAGCAAUGAGAUUUCCUUUGUGGUUGCAUGGGCAAACUAGUGUUACAUUUCUUGUUGUCUCAACCUUGCCAAAGAAUCCGGUAGUUCAACUCGUCCCAAAAACUGAGGUUGCUGUUGCUCCAAAAAGGCGUAAAAGGAAUUCUGAUUCUCAUAAGGACUCGUCUAUACCCACUUCAGAGAGUCGGCAUCCUGAAACAAAGGCUCUUCUGCGGGUCCAGGAUUUAGAUAAGAAAUAUGUUAGCAGACAUAACGUCCAUGGUGUUGAGAUGGAGGUGUCACUAACUUCUGCUGUCUUCCUUCAUCCAGAGACCGCUUCAAGGUAUUCGUUCAACUCUCUUCAGCUUUUGUUGAUGGUACGCAGACCUCUGUCCAAAGAGAACAAAAGUAACGAUGGAAAGGAUAACCUGAGAAUGAGAGGUAGUAGAAUGGAAAAAGAAGCCAACAAUGGGAAUUCAAUAGAUAAACAGGAGCACAGUCAAGCAGUUGUCCGACUAUUAAUAUCAGAAUCAGUGGCCAAAGGACAUGUAAUGCUUUCUCAGCCUCUUCGUUUUUAUUUGAGAGCAGGCUUACACUCAUGGGUAUAUGUGAAGACAUGGAGUGGUAAUCUGAAGCAAGAUAUUCCUUUCAUAAAACUUUCACCUUGCCAGUUAGAAAAGCUUCACGAGGAUGAAGCUUUUGAAAACGAUGGUACAGAUGUUUUGGUUGGUCAGAAAAAUUUCAAAGCCAAUCAAAUGCUUUUCAGGACAAAUUCCGGUGCAGAGAUGGGUAUGAUUGAUUGGUCAAUCCAUGAGAGGAUUAUUGCUGCUCUUUGUAAUAAAUCUCCUGGGGACGAGGACCAAAAAGAUGGCACUGAGUCAGGCAUUAAGAAGGGUUUAUUAACUUUUUUGCAGGCAUGGUGUCAAGCUCAAUGUGAUGCAAUUAUUUCAAAUUCGGGUCUUCAAGUUAGUUCAUUGAUGCUAGGUAGUAAAACUUUAGUUCACUUUACAGUGGAAGGAAAAUUUUUUGACCAGCCUGGAAAGUUACAAGGACCAAAAGUUGGUCUUUUUAAACGACAACAUAAAGCUGGUGAACGAUCUGCUGACAUCCUAUUCAUCCUUUCCAUUACUGAUGAGUCUAUGCAUGCCAAAAAGAUGGAUGCGUAUGAAAUAUCUUUUGAUCACCGCAAGGAAAAUGGCGAAGACAAAAGCUUAGAAAGUUUGCUUCCAAAAUUGCAUUUGAGCGACGGUGUAUGCAUAUAUGCUGUUAAUGAGCAAGUCUCUGACAAGAACUCUGGUUUGGCAAUAUCUUCACUGAACUGGAUGGGUACAGCUGCAUCUGAUGUAAUAAACAGGUUAACAGCUUUACUGUCUCGAAAUUCUGUGCUUAUGUUGAGUAACUAUGAACUUCCUUUGCCCGGGCAUGUUCUGAUUUAUGGACCUCCAGGUUCUGGAAAAACAUUACUAGCCACAGUGGCUGCAAAAUCUGUUCAAGAUAAUGUAGAAAUUCUGGCUCACGUUGUCAAUGUAUGUUGUUCAAGACUGACUUCAGAAAAGCACUCAAAUAUUCGGCAAGCACUUUCAGGCUACAUAUCUGAAGCUCUGGAUCAUGCACCUUCUGUUGUUAUAUUUGAUGAUCUUGACAGCCUCAUUUCAUCUUCGCCUAAUCCAGAAGUGCAGCAACAAUCAUUAUAUUCAGUGGGGCUCACACAAUUUCUUCUUGAUAUUAUGGAUGAAUAUGAGGAAAAGCAGGGAAGGAUGUGUGGAAUUGGCCCUAUUGCUUUUAUAGCUACUGCUCAAUCAUUGACUAAUGUACCACAGACAUUGAGCUCUUCUGGAAGAUUUGACUGUCAUGUUAAGUUGCCAGCACCUGCUGCUGCAGAACGUGCAGCAUUGUUGAAGCAUGAAUUCCAGAAGCGCCACUUGGAAUGUCAUGAUGAUGUCAUUUCAGACAUAGCAUCCAAAUGUGAUGGAUAUGAUGCAUAUGAUAUAGAAAUACUUGUUGAUAGGUCUGUACAUACUGCUGUGGGUCGCUUCCUGUCCAGUGAUUUGGGUUCUAAGGAGCAAGUCAAGCCCACUUUAGUUAGGGAUGAUUUCUUGCAUGCCAUGCAUGAAUUCCUUCCAGUUGCCUUGCGUGACCUUACUAAGCCUCCUUCUGAAGGUCGUCAUUCUGGUUGGGAGGAUAUUGGUGGCCUUGAUGACAUCCGGAAUUCCAUAAAAGAGAUGAUUGAGUUGCCUUCUGAGUUCCCAAACAUCUUUGCUCAAGCUCCUUUAAGGAUGCGCACCAAUGUUCUCCUAUAUGGCCCCCCUGGUUGUGGAAAGACACACAUUGUUGGUGCUGCUGCUGCAGCUUGUUCAUUACGGUUUAUCUCAGUUAAAGGGCCUGAGUUGCUUAACAAAUACAUUGGGGCUUCUGAGCAAGCUGUUCGAGAUAUAUUCUCUAAAGCAGCUGCAGCAGCACCGUGCCUUCUCUUUUUUGAUGAAUUUGAUUCGAUUGCCCCAAAGAGAGGGCAUGAUAAUACAGGUGUGACUGAUCGAGUAGUUAAUCAAUUUCUGACAGAAUUAGAUGGUGUGGAAGUCUUGACUGGUGUAUUUGUCUUUGCUGCCACAAGUAGGCCAGAUUUGCUUGAUGCUGCACUUCUCCGUCCUGGAAGGCUGGAUCGCCUUCUUUUCUGUGAUUUUCCUUCAGAACAUGAGAGGUUGGACAUUCUUAGAGUGCUUUCAAGAAAGCUACCGUUGGCUGGUGACGUGGACUUGGGCUUUGUAGCUCGCAUGACUGAAGGGUUCAGUGGAGCUGACCUCCAAGCACUUCUUUCAGAUGCACAGCUAGAAGCAGUUCAUGACCUUUUGGGUAAUGAAGAUGAUAAGAGGAGCAAGAAGAUGCCAAUAAUCUCUGACACUCUUUUGAAAUCCAUUGCCUCCAAGGCAAAGCCAUCAGUCUCAGAAUCCGAGAAGCGCAGGUUGUAUGACAUAUACAGACAAUUUUUGGAUUCAAAGAGAUCUAUUGCUGCACAGUCAAGAGAUGCCAAGGGCAAAAGAGCAACCCUGGCAUAGGGAUUUGCAAGAGACCGGGCCAACAUAUAUGCAAAUUAAGCCGUAAUACCAUUUUAUUCGACAAGAUUAGUAAAGGAUAUCCAUAUUUUCUCUUCCAGUUUUCUUCUUCAACCUUAAGCGUGUCCUAUCCUGUUUUCUAGGUUCAGUCAGUAAGUUAGCAUUUGUACGAGGGUUUACUUUGUUGUAUGAUGAAAGCCAACAGGGCAGGGCUAUAUAAUGUAUCAAAGGUCUUUUUCUUUUCUUUUCCUUUUUACCCCUUGUCAUUUAUGGUCUCCUUUGAUCUGUGGUGCAAGGCCCUUUCUUGCCACAUCUUUUUGCUGCUGGAAUAGUUUAUGAAUUGCUGUUCCAAACUGUGAUAUCUGAGCUGUGCCUUGUCCAUUUGGAAGAAGCAAAGCUUAGAAUAGCUCAACUUUGCACUUGGGAUUGUUGUUUUUCUUUAAUUAUAUUGGUACUGCUACCAUGAAAUACAACUGCAAAGGACUUUAAUCUGCAGAUGCA